ACAAGAGGAGAGCAUGUUGGCUUCAUACCUACGAAUAAGUUCAAAAAUGAAAAAUGAUAUUUUUUAUACCCUUUUUUCCUUUGCUUUCUCUCUCUCUCUCUCUCUCUCUCUCUCAUAUUUUUGUAUGUUUUUAUUAUUUUUCUUUUGGGGUUCAUCAAAUGCCUUUAAAAAGCUCAUUUCUCCACCCCCAAAGUUGAACCCCUCAAGGCUAAGAUCCCCAACUCUUUUUGUUUUUUUGUUCUUGUUUUGGCCUUUGGGUAUCUUAUUUAAACAAUAAUAAUAAACCCUUUCUUUAGUUUUUUUCUUCUUUUUUGAAAGAGAAAGGAGAAAAGAAAAAUGGCACUAGAAGCUGUUGUUUUUCAGCAAGAUUUGUUUGGUUACAACAGCAAAGAUCUAUACAGCUUGUUGGGAGGGAAUUUGAGCUAUGAAGACAUACAUUUUCCUCAUCACAAUCAAACAUCUGAUGAAGCUAAUAAUAAUUUCGUUAAUGGCGGAGAUAGUUAUUGGGUUUCUUCUUCUUCUUCACCAACUUCAAUGGCUCCGCCACCACCACCUGAUGAAGCUACUAAUAAUAAUGUUAAUGGAUCAUCAUCUUCAGCUUUGGAUACUUCAACUAGUCGUCCUAAGAGACGUCGACUCAAGACCCGUAAAAACAAAGAAGAGAUUGAGAAUCAAAGAAUGACCCACAUUGCUGUUGAACGUAAUAGGAGAAGACAAAUGAAUGAAUAUCUUUCUGUUCUUCGUUCUCUCAUGCCUGAAUCUUAUGUUCAAAGGGGAGAUCAAGCUUCAAUUAUAGGAGGAGCUAUCAAUUUCGUGAAGGAGCUUGAGCACUGUGUUCAAUUGUUAAGUGCUAAGAAAGAAACAAAGGAAAGACCAAAUGGGAGUAAUAGUGGCUGUUCAUCGCCUUUUGGUGAGUUCUUCACAUUCCCACAGUAUUCAACGAGCUCGACUCGGGGUGAUAAUAAUUCCAUCCCCAUGAAUGAGUCAAUGGUUGAGACCCGAUCUGCAAUAGCUGACAUAGAAGUUACCAUGGUGGAGAGCCAUGCAAACCUCAAAAUAAGGUCGAAAAAGGGACCAGCACAGCUCUUGAAACUGGUUUCAGGUUUGAAUAGUAUGCGUCUCAAUAUCCUCCAUCUCAAUGUCACAACUGUUGAUCAAACUGUACUCUAUUCUCUCAGUGUCAAGGUAGAAGAUGAUUGCAAGCUGACUUCAGUGGAUGAUAUUGCAACAGCAGUAAAUCAGUUGUUAGGUAGGAUUCAAGAAGAAGCUGUGUUGAAUUGAAAACAAUUUCCAUGAUUUUAAUUUACCAUCCCACUGUAAUUUGUCUUUCUUUUUUUCUUUUUAAUUUUCACCUUCAUAUGUUACUUAUAUGAAAGUUUUUUCACCUUCGGGUUGUUUCCCUGAAA